GCGGCUGGAGUUCUUCCGCUGUCCUCAAAGCACUUAUUGCAUCCUUAAAUGCUCAAGGACUAUUAUUCCUCAUUGCUGAGUUCAGAUUGGCAUGUCCACCAGUAUGCCUCCUAAGAAUUAUCAUCCAGCCUAUCACGCCGCAUCGCAGUAGAGUAUACCACCAUCGAAAUUCCCACAAAACUCAGAUUACCAAUACUUGGUUUUUGCCAGACUGUAAUUUUUUUUUCACCUGGUGAAAAACAACUGACCAGAGACUCUCGAGUUGCGCGAUCUCUUGGCCACAGCCAGGGGACAAGAGUGCCACCAGGUGUUUGGAUAAAAACACGACUCCUGUACCGGUCUAGACUCGAUGGGUCUGCAGGGGCGCUUCAGACGACACGGAGGGUUGUAAAGCAAAUUUCUACUAACUCACGGGAAGUUAGAAAUGACUAGGCCAAGAGACACAGCUGUCAUGAGCUGUGACUGCUUGUUCCUGCAAAGAGACUGAGAUUUGGGUAGUAAAAAAAAAAGAGGAAGUCAGCCAACUCCCCUGUGGGGAAAUGAAUAGUUCUUCCAGAGUGUGGCAUUUCUGAAACUCAACAGCGAUUGGCCAGGCGACCUCUGGUGUAGGAGCUCAGCCCAUUCAGUCCUGGCCGAGAGAAGCGUUUUGGGAUUUUUAUAGCCUUAAGUUCCUUCAAGCGUCCACACAACAGUCCCUUGGUCCUGCUCUUUUGGUCAGCAUGAGUUAUCCACUGGUGUUUCUGCUCUGUGUGGGACUACUGCACCAAACUUCGAGGGCCGUCGUUAUGGAUAAAUUAGCAGACAACAAGAUAUGUGGGGAUGCAGAAUGCUCACAUGUUCUCUCCAUGGCCACAGCCGUGGGUGACUUCACAGCUCCUGACUGCAGAUUCAUCAACAUCAAGAAGGGUCAGAUGGUUUAUGUGUAUUCUAAACUCGUACCAGAGGAGGGCACCGGAGUCUUCUGGUCUGGCAGUGUUUACAGUGAGCGGUAUGUGGACCAGAUGGGCAUCGUUGGCUACUUCCCUGCAACUGUGGUGAAGGAGACACUCAAGUUUGCAGAAGACACAGUGAAGAUUCCAACAACCGUCAUGGACUUCUACUGUGAUUAAGGAAUGACAGACUGAAGCCUCUUUCUUCUCAAGUCUUGCUUUUAGUAACUCUGGCUUUUAUAAAGGGGAAUAGAUAGUACCUCCUUUGAGGUGGUGUGCCAGACUAUGUGCUAUUACAUCCUGUGGAGCUGUAUCCAGCUGGAAUGAAAACCAGGGCACUUUCAGCCCCUCCUAGUCAGUCGACAGUCUGACACCCCUGCUGUUGAGUUAGCUAGUCCUAUCUGUCUUUCUUUGUCUUAACAGGACAUUCGGCUCAAUAAACCUUUUUUUUCAUGUCAA